GUUGGAGAUACACACCUUAUGCUACCUCCUACUCAACAUGUCCGAUCACCCUGUCGAAGAUGCCCAAACGGCUGUCCAGCAGCUCAAAAUUGAUGAUGGCGAGUCGGCGACUGCAGAUGAGAUUGAACAGCGAGAGUUCGACGCCUGGGCACAAAAGGAAGGCCUCCCAAACAUGGGCCAACCAUUCAUCCAAAAGUACCUGGACGGCAGAGACGCCCUCAUUGCCCAGGAAAAGCAGCGUCGUAGCGACCACAUCUUCCGAGAGGCAAUGACACCGAUGCAAAACGAGGCCGCUGCGAUAGUAGCUGCUAUUCGCUUCGAAGAACAAAACACGUUGUGGCAUCCAGGCUACGAGAAUGCUCUAGCGAAGAUCAACGACCAGCCGAUUUACCCUGGCAUGAUGUUUUCCCUGGCUAAGGAGCGCAUGGAGAGCAGUAAGCUGUGGCAAAUUGUAAAAAGAAUGCCAAAGGGAGCUCUACUGCAUUGCCAUCUAGAUGCCAUGGGCGACCUCGACUGGCUCGCAGACAUUGCACUUACGACCCCUGGAAUGUGUAUACGAGCACCGCGGUCGAUGCAUACACCCAAACUCCGUACAGAUCAUUUGUACCCUUUCUCUUUCAAGUUUGCCAAGCAGGAAUCUCAGUCAAAUGGACCGCACUUAUGGUCUGAGUCAUAUAAGCCGGAAGAUUUGAUUCCUGUCACGAUUGCUGCCGAGAGUUUUCCUGAGGGAGGCGUCGACGGUUUCAAGCAAUGGCUGAAAUCAAGAGUGUCGCUGUCCCAGACCGAUGCUAUAUCACAUCAUCUGGGGCCUGGUGACGUCUGGGAGCGUUUCAGGGCGUGCUUUGGCAUUCUUGUCUCGCUGCAUCACUACGAGCCCAUAUUCAGGAAAUUCAUUCGCGUCAUGCUCAAGGGCCUCAAUGAUGAUGGUGUAAGGUGGGUUGACAUUAGGCAUAUCUUUCUAUAUCCGUUCUAUCGGGAGGGCUCGGAGGCUCCAGAUGAAGACUACACGUAUUUCUUCGAAGUGCUCGAAGAUGAGAUUGAUGCAUUCAAGGCUUCGGAAGACGGCAAGGGAUUUUGGGGAGCAAGUUUUAUCUGGACCACCCAGCGACAGCUUGGACCCAAAGCCGUAGUGGAAGAUAUGAAAAUGUGCAUUGAGCACAAGUUGGCUUUCCCAGAUACUAUUCUUGGCUACGAUCUGGUGGGCCAGGAAGACAAUGGACGCCCGCUGCAAGAUCUCCUGCCUGAGCUUUUCUGGUUCAAGAAACGCUGCGCCGAGGAGGGCAUUGAUAUCCCAUUCUUCUUCCAUGCCGGAGAAACGCUCGGCGAUGGUGACGAAGUUGACGAGAAUCUGUUUGAUGCUGUCCUUCUUGGCACGAGACGGAUCGGGCAUGCGAUUUCACUUCCUAAGCAUCCACUCCUGGUCGACAUGAUCAAGGAGAAAAAGAUUCUGAUUGAGAGUUGUCCAGUCAGCAAUGAGGUGCUUCGCUUUACCGGUGGUAUCAUGUCACACUAUCUGCCCAGUCUCCUGGCUCGAGGCGUGCCAUGCGCCCUCGCGAAUGACGAUCCUGCAAUUCUGGGACACGGCACGAACGGCAUGACACACGACUUCUGGCAGGCAUUGCAAGGCUGGGAGAACCUUGGGCUUGCUGGACUGGGCAGUCUGGCAGAGAAUAGUGUGCGAUGGGCUAAUUACGAAGAGUGUCCAGCGAAGCAGUGGCAGCAGGAGAUUAAAGAUGGCAGCUUCGGAAAGAAUCUGCGUGCGAAGAGGUUAAAGGAAUGGCAGGAUGAAUUCGAGAAAUUCUGUCAAUGGGUCGUGCUGGAGUACGGUGCCGAAACUGAUAUCAACACUCUUGACUAAGUUUAGGUAGAGACGAGACACGACAGAAGACGACAUUCACGACGGAAAGGAUAUCGAUUUCAGAGAUAUUCGUCAUUCACGACAUUAAGGUAUUCAACAAGCCGAACAGCAUAUGGACCAGUCUUGCAGCUUUUCUGGCUCUCAGCGCUGGCUUGUCAAUUUUUUCCAUAGAACUCUUCGCAUUUGUAGACCGUGAACGCUGGGUAUUUUGGCUGCAAUUGGGGGGUCAAUUUCAUGGCACUAUUAUGUAGGUAGUCAAUUAUCGGGUAAAAGUAGGUAGACUGCGGUAGAACUACCUAGGGUGUAGGAGG